AUGAUUACAGAUAGUGAAAUAAAGGAAUUUCUUCCAUAAAGUGUGAGAAAAUAAUACAAAACUGAACCAAUUGAUUAAAAUGUAAGUGACCUGUCUUUUAGUUUUACACAUAGUUUGAAAAGUAGUGUAAAACCAAAAUUAAAUGACUCAAUUUAAUUCGAAACUUAGAUUGCUUAGAGAAUUUAAACAAAACCACCUUUGACAUCAAAAAGUGACAAAAGAUUUUAAAUACCAAUAAUUAGAGAUAAAACAUACUUUAAUUCUUAAAUGAUAAGUGAUUAAAUGUCCACUCCAAGAUCGAGAUUGUAAGAUUGUAAAUUUUAACUCAUUCAUCUAAAGCUUUAAAAUUAAUAGAACCAAAAGAUCAAUAAAUAAAUAGUGAUUGAGAAACUAUCUAAGCAAUUAAAAGAAUCUUCAACAUUCAAUAUUUCAAAAUCAAAAGAAUUGAUUUAAAUUGAGUUAUUAUUGUCUGCCUAUAAUUAAUUACAUUUGAGUCAUUCAAAAUUGAGAUAGCAGAAUAAAAAUUUAGAAUAAGAAAUCAAUUUUUGGAAACUAAAAUAUCAAGAAUUAGAGAAAAAAACAAAAUCAAAUAUUCAUACCAAAAGCACCUCAUUGUAAGUUUAAUUGAAUAAACCAAUCAAUUAAAAUAUAUAGGAGAGAUUAAAAACUUAAACAUAUUCAUAAAAUACUUUUAAGUUCUCCAUAACAGACACUAAUUGA